AUGGCAGCAGGAACCUACACACUUCCUCCUGGAGGUCUUAUGGAAAUAGUUUUCUCGUUCGACACAACGGGAUCAAUGUCCUCCAUACUUGAGGAGGUUCAGGGAAGAUUACAGGACAUGAUACAGCGCCUCCAGGCGGACAUUCCCGGCAUUAGAAUUGGUGUUAUAGCCCACGGGGACUACUGCGACAAAGACGUUUUCUAUUUGACCCAGGAGCUAGAUUUUUGCACCGACGUAGUGGAACUUUGUAACUUUGUGAAGGGUGUGGGAGGUACAGGUGGCGGGGAUGCCGACGAAUGCUACGAACUAAUUCUCCGUAUGGUCCGACAGAAGUUUUCCUGGACACACGUGUCACAGAAAAUACUGGUAAUGAUUGGAGACGCAAACCCACACGAGCCCGAGUAUGAACUGAAUGUGGAUAAUAUAGACUGGAGACAGGAGAUUAACCAUCUUAAAAACAGUGGAGUUAAGAUAUACGGAGUCCAGGCGUUUGAACAUGAAGGUGUGGAGGACUUCUACAAGACAAUGGCCCUACAAACAGAUGGCCACUACCUCAGACUGGGUGAAUUCUCCAACAUCUGUGAUUUCCUGAUGGCUAUCUGCUAUCGAGAGAGAGGCGAGCACCUUUUCACGGAAUAUGAAGCUGAAGUGCGUUCCAGAUAUGGACCUGGCGGUAUCAAUAGAGAAUUGGAGGGACUCUUUGGAACACUCCGCAAGAACGAGUCUGGAGCCAGUAGCACAAGCUCAACUGCAUCAUGUCCUAUAGUAGUACCACCGCCUAAAGUUACUAGUCCGAAAAUGAUAAAAGGAAAAGCGCCGGUGCCAUUACGAAAACAAAAGCCAGGCAGUCAACAAAAAAAACCAAUUGUGAAAAAGCAAAAACAGGUAAUAGUAUUUCAAAAGAAUCUCAUUCACAUCAAUAGAAAGGCCAAGGAAGACUCAAAACUCAUACAUAGAGAGAAAGUAACACGCUCUUCAUUCCCGUGCAGCCGUUUAGAUUGGUCUACAUGGCGUAUUGCAUAUACUCCAGUGAACGCCUUUGGACCGAGUUUAAAACGAGGCUUUACUACAACAUUUGGAGGUAAAUGUUUAAAACGCAAACAGCUAUUCAAAGACAGGUCGAGAAAAACUGCAGUUUAUGAGGUAUCAGUGCAAACGAAAACACGAGGAAAGCGACAUGUAGUAUACUCACAAAUUGUCACAAGGAAAGGGAAUUGUGUCGAUUGGGAACACGACCUUCUUCUUGGAGGGAGGAAACGUCUUCUGAAUCAAAUACAAUCCGUGGUCGAUUUUGGAUGUAAGGUGUUUGUACGGCGAGCACUCGUUUCGAAAAGACAACUUUCGAAACUGGACUCGUUAAAAGAUUACAGCUACGCAUGGAGCCCCCAGAAAUUCACACGGAAACCUAGACGUGUAGUACGAGAUAAUGUGAUGAUUUCCGAUAACUGCAGCAGUAAUUAA